AUGUCCACAUUUGAGCUAACCCAUGUCUUUGUCCCUGGACAGGGUUUCAUCAAAGUCGUAAAGUCAAAGGCCUACUUCAAGAGGUACCAGGUCCACUUCAGGAGAAGACGCGAGGGUAAGACCGAUUACCAGCAGAGACACCGUCUCAUCACCCAGGACAAGAACAAGUACAACUCCCCCAAGUACAGACUUGUUGCCCGUGUCUCCAACAGAAAGAUCACCGCCCAGAUCGUCUACUCCAAGAUCGUCGGUGACUUCGUCUUGGCCUCUGCCUACUCGUCCGAGUUGCCCCGCUACGGUGUCACCGUUGGUCUGACCAACUACGCCGCCGCCUACGCCACCGGUCUGUUGCUGGCCCGUCGUCUGUUGACCCAGCUCAAGCUCAACGACCUGUACAAGGGUUCAGAGAAGGUCACCGGAGACUACUUCCUCGUCAAGCCAGUCGACGAGAAGCCACGUCCAUUCAAGGCCUUCCUCGAUGUCGGUCUCACCCGUACCUCCACCGGUAACAAGGUGUUCGCCGUCAUGAAGGGUGCCUGCGAUGGUGGUCUCUACGUGCCACACAAGAAGACCCGUUUCGUCGGAUACAACGCCGAGACCAAGAAGUUGAACGCUGAUGUCCUCCGCAAGUACAUCUUCGGCAACCACGUCGCUGAGCACAUGAAGCUUCUCCAGACUGAGUCUGAGGAGGACUACAAGAAGCACUACAGCCAGUACAUCAAGGCCAACAUUGCUCCAAAGGAUCUCGAGGCCAUCUACACCAAGUGUCACGCUGCCAUCCGCAAGGACCCAACCCCCGCCAAGAAGGGAGAGAAGAAGGCCGCCGACCCCAAGUUCGCCAAGAAGGCCAAGCGUACCCUCCGCAUGCGUCGCGCCAGAAUCAACCUCAUCAAGAAGUCCAUCGAGAAGAAGGUUGGCAGAAACUAA